GGGCGGGGCCCCACUCGUCAUAGGCCCACAGGGGCCUAGCGGAUCGGGAGUGCGGGCGACGGGCGCCAGCCGGAAUGGGCGCCCGCCCAGGCCAACAGGGGGAAACGGCGACGGCGUCAGCCGGGCGCCGAAGCGGCACGGUGAGUGGGCGGCGGCCCGGCGAGCUGGUGGGGGGUGCUCCGAGCACGGCCGUGGCCGGAGCGGCGCGAGGCCGGCCGGUGGGCUGCAGAGACCGGGCGCCUGGACGCGGCCGGAGCGCGGCCACGGCGGACAACGGGAGGGGACGGCGAGCAGGACCGCGCGCAGGGAGCAGCAGUCGGGGACCGGGGGGGCCAGGGCGCGCGCGUGCGUGCGCGGCCGUGGGCUUGCGCGCACGAGAACAUGGGAAGGAGGAGGAGGAGCGGAGCUCACGGGGCCGGUAGGGGGAAAGGCAGCGGGGGUCGGGGAGGAGUCGGGGUCGACGGUGACGAAGAGGAGGCAGGCCCUCGAGGUGGGUCGACGAGGUGGCCGCGGCGGUGGCGGGUGGCGAUGCGGACGGAACGGCGUCUGCGGGAAGGAGGUCGAGGAGGCGAGCGCCAGCAUGGUGGCGAAGGGGGCGAUGCCGACGAUGCUGGCGAGUGGCGCCGGGGCGCUCCGGUGGGGAGGUGGCGCCGGCGAGGUGGUG